AAUAUAUAUUUUUUCAUGACCAUAUUAAUUACUCCCAACAACAAAAUUAUUCAUUUACGCCAUUUAAGAAUCCAUAGCUUACAAAUACCAUACUUGAUCCAUUUCCCUUCUCUUAACAGGUUCGCUCACUUACACGAUCACACAACUUCACCACUAGUGGAGGUUUUCAGUGGCGCUCAGGCUCAGUUUGAAAUUGAUAUUGAAGAUAUCCCCGAAUCAAGAAGGUCGUUUGCCAAUGGAAAAGUAAGGCAGAGGAAGCAACUGACUUUGAGCAGCCUUAGUUGUUCCUCAUUACUUGAUUUGUGCCCGAAAUUAGAAUGAGGAUAGUUGGACUGACCGGAGGAAUUGCUUCAGGGAAGAGCACUGUCUCCAACCUUUUCAAGGCUCAUGGUAUUCCCGUUGUUGAUGCUGACGUUGUAGCUCGUAACAUUUUGAUGGAAGGAACUGGUGGUUGGAAAAAGGUUGUGGCCGCAUUUGGUGAGGACAUCUUAUUGGAUAAUGGAGAAGUUGAUCGUGCAAAGCUAGGUCAAAUAGUAUUCUCUGAUCUUGAAAAACGUCAGCUUCUUAAUAGGUUGCUAGCACCAUUUAUUUCACAUGGUAUGUUAAUGGAAGUUUUGAAGCUGUGGAUAAAGGGUUGCUCCAUAAUUGUUCUUGAUGUUCCUCUUUUGUUUGAGGCCAAGAUAGAUAAAUGGACUAAACCCAUUGUUGUCAUUUGGGUUGACCCUGAGACACAGCUGCAGCGGCUCAUGACUAGAGAUGGAUCUAUGGAGGAGGAGGCCAAAAGCAGGAUAAAUGCGCAGAUGUCCCUGGAUCUGAAGAGGUCAAAGGCAGAUAUUGUGAUCGAUAACACCAGCUCAUUGGAAGCUCUGCAUGAGCAAUUUCAGGAAGUGUUAACUCAGAUUACCAAGCCCUUGACCUGGACUGAGUUUUUGCUCUCAAGAAAUGGAGCUUUUCUAGCAUUGUUUUCCACUUUGGUCAGUGUUACUAUUUUCAAGAAAAGUUCAUGAAGGUAUUAACUCAUAUAUUUUGAUCUAACACAAUGUAUGCAUUUCUGCAUGGCAGAAGACACCCUAAUCGAGCACUACUUGUGUGUACUGUUUAUUAGAAAAAGAGCUGUGUAUGUAAUCCCAACAUGAGCUUUUAAGCUUUAUUAGAUAUUCAUUUGAUAUGUUAAAGUUGAAGUAGGAUAAUUUCGAUCAUACACUUGGACUGACUCGUUAAAGUAAAGGAUCAUGAUACAUUUUGGUGUUUCUUUGGAGCAUCUGUAUCUGAGGCUUCUUGAAAUUAACCCACAAAUAUGUUGUGCAUGUUCAUGUUCUUCAAAGGUGUUGCAUUUGCAGAAAUCAAGAUACCUGUAAGUGCUCAGUUGGGGAAUUUCUUGAAUGCUCUGAAGCUAAUUUGUACAUCUCUAUUAUGGUUUGGAGUCCAAUAAGGGCGUAUUGCUAUACUUAAUGACUGAGGUUUGCCAAAUCAAAAGGGUUUGAAAGAAUAACGUUAGCUAGGAGUAACAAAAUCUUUCUUAAGCUUAAAGAGGUCUGGUUUCAAAAGUCCUGAUUCUUUGUAUUAGAAGAUCCGUGAUUUGCAAAUUCAGGUAGGAAGUAGAUGAGGUGACAUACUGUCUGUGGUUAAAUCUAGGUAUAUCCCUGAUUGAUCCAUUAUGAAUUUGAGUACAAUGUGGGUGAGGGACCUGUCAGCUAGAGGACUAAGAUGUGAACUGGAUGAUGAUUGUAUAUCUUGAACUGCAGCUGAAGCCGCCUUGAUGUUUUGUGAGUUUGAAUUCUGAAUUACACAGCAUGUUCUGUCCAAGAGAUGAUGGAUCAGACUCUUCACUUUCCUAUUUCUUUACUGGUAGAGAGGAUGGACAGAUUUGCACUAUGCUGCUGGUUGAAGAUUCCGCAGCAAGUUCUGGGAGCAGUUCUUCCAGUCACAGGUUUUCCGGGAUAUAAGAAAAUGAAAACAUUGAGCAUAUGUUCUUUAAAUGUCCUUUUUUCGUACAGCUUAUGAGACAUUCUUACUAAACAGUAUGCCUAAGCUUCAUCCUGUACUGUUAUAUUCUCGACUGGUGAUUAAAUAUUACUAUGAAUGAGUUUUAUUCUA